GGUUUUUUUGGGGGGCCUUUUUUUUCUUGUGUUUUUUUUUUUUUAACUGGUGUCUCCUUGCUGGGUUGGUCUCUGCCAGGCUUGGUGGCAGAGGGACGAGGCUACAGGAGGUGACAUGGGUGCGGGCACCGCUGGGGGGGGUCCUGGCUUCACCUCCCCGGCUCAGGACACAGUGACAGGUUGAGGGACAUCGGUGCUGGGUGUGGGGACAUUGUGGGGGACCCAGCCCAGCAGCAGGGCCCAGGUCCUGAUGCUUUUUAAUUGCCUGCCCCUCUCUCCGUCCACUUUCUCGCCCCGCAGGGACAUGGGGACAAGCCGGCCAGCACCCCAGGGACCCAAACCCGGGCUCUCUGCACCCCCAGGCUCGUCUCGCAGCCUCGCACGGGGAUGCGACAUCGGUGGGGACCCGGUGGCCCAGGGGACACGGGGUGCUGACUGGAGGGGACAGUGCCCAGUGGAGGAUGCUCCAUCCUCCUCAUCACUGCAGAGAGGAAGGCAAAGGGGCCGGGGUGAUGCGUGUCCCCGUCCCCCACGCUCCCAGGAGCUGUUUGUGGCCCGGAUCGGGCUGGAUGAGGCUUCUUUCUUCCCGGUGGGGCAUCAUCCCGUCCCUGCGUCCCCCACCCGGUCCUGCCUCCCCCCGCGGUCUGGAGCCGGCGGCUGACGCUCCCAGGAAAACAUGAUGGCGACUACAAAAAAAAAAAAAAGUAAAAAAAACCCCCAACCAACCAAGCAUGAAAAAUAAAGUAUUUAAGUAAAAAUACUUAAAUUUAAAUGUGCUGAGGGGGUAGGUAUCGCAGCCCCAGAGGGAAACUGGGGGAGCAAGAGGGUGGCCCCCACAGAUUGCCCCCAUAGGGUCGUUCCCCCCACCAUGCCUUGGCUUUGGGGAUGGGGUCCCCAAAGUGAUGUUGUGCCGGGGGCCGGAUCCUGACCGUCGGGUGGCAGCCCCAGCGCUGGCCCCGUGGCCGGUGUGACACCCUGGCACCCUGCCUGCGCCCGGUCACAAGAGUGGGGAGGGGAAAGGGGAGGGUGCUGGGGGGGGCUUGGCUCCUUCGUCCCUGACCAGUGUCCCUGCAGAGCCGGAGCUGGGUGCCACGAUGGUGGUCACGCUGGGAUACUGGGACAUCCGUGGGCUGGCCCACGCCAUCCGCUUGCUGCUGGAGUACACGGAGACCCCCUACCAGGAGAGGCAGUACCGCCCCGGCCCAGCCCCUGACUUUGACCCGAGCGACUGGACCAACGAGAAGGACAAACUGGGCCUCGACUUCCCCAAUCUACCCUAUCUCAUUGACGGCCCCACCAAGCUGACGCAGAGCAAUGCCAUCCUGCGCUACAUCGCCCGCAAGCACAACAUGGGAGGUGAGACAGAGGAGGAGAUGGUGCGUGUGGACAUGCUGGAGAACCAGCUCGUGGAUUUGCGUACGAGCUUUGCCCAGCUGUGCUACAACCCUGACUUCGAGAAGCUGAAGCCGCAGUACCUGGAGCAGCUGCCGCGUAAGCUGCGGGAUCUGUCGCGGUUCCUGGGCUCCCGGCCGUGGUUUGCAGGGGAGAAGCUCACCUUUGUGGACUUCUUGGCAUACGACGUGCUGGACCAGCAACGCAUGUUUGUCCCCGAGUGCCCGGAGCUGCAGGGCAACCUGGGCCGGUUCCUGCAGCGCUUCGAGGCGCUGGAGAAGAUCUCUGCCUACAUGCGGUCGGGGCGCUUCAUGAAGACCCCCAUUUUCUGGUGCACGGCUCAAUGGUGCAACACCAAGGAGUGAGAGGGGUGUCCCCCCCAGGCCCCCCCACUUCACCCCCAGCCCCCUCCCCUGCAGAAUAAAUCGGGGGGGCUGCCCCCUUGUCUGGUUGCCA